AAGCACACAUAUACAUUACAUAUAACCACACACACACAUACAUUACACUACCUUGCAGUGUUCCUAAUAAGAAGAAGAAAUAAGAUUUGAGAGAAAACAUGUCGGCUCAAGGCUUACAUUGGUUUGUCAUACCUUUAUGUCUUCUAAUAUCAGUUUUGCGUGUCACCAGCCUACAAUGUUUUCAUUGUUCCAGCUCAGCUCCUGGUUCCAAAUGUGAAACGGGUGUUAAGGAAUUUGCCAAGUACAACAAUUCUAAAUUUGCACAAAACUGUUCUGACUACAGUUUUAAAGGCAAAGUUUUCUGUGCCAUUGAAACCAAACAUGUCAAUGUUUCAACCAGCAAUGGUCUGUUCUGCUACAGUUGUGAAGGAAGCCAACCUUUUUCAAAAUGUGAAUCAGAUAUAAGGGAAUACAGACGGGGAAUGGAUUCAAAGUUUGCAGUAAACUGUUCUAAAUAUUCACACAUGAAAGAGCCAUACUGUGGAAUUGAAAGAUACAUGAAAAAUGGGCAAGUACAAGCUAUUAUUAGGGACUGUAACGAUGAGACAUUCUCAUUCACAAUGAACAAUUCACCAUACAAAAAACUUAGAAAAGUUAAUGGGAAUUACAACAUUUCCGUGUGCACUUAUAUUAUGUCUGAAGCAGCAAUACUGUGCGUUUCGUUGUGUAAUGAAGACAUGUGCAAUGGCAUAUUUGGCAAAUCAGAUUGCAUUACAUUGAGCUUACCACUAUUUGUCAUAUCAUUACUUUCAGUGAAGCGACUCACAAACUUCAGUUAACUCUUUAAUCAUUGUCAGUCCUACUAGCCAUGAUUUCAAUAUUAGUUCACAGACGUUGUUUUCCACAUUUUAUUGGUUUAUAUUAAGGGUAUUUAUUUAAUUGACACCAGAAAGAUUAACAGUAAAACCUGUAGGAUGGCAAUGAAGAAGAAGAAAAAUACUAAACUAUUGUCAGCUUCAUUACAAAUUCAAAUAUUAUCAAAUAAAAUAAACCUGUCAUACUUUAAAGAAAGAAACAAAGACUUGACAAAAGAAUGGACAAAGAAUGGAUUGAAAGAAUGGAUGGAAAGAAGGAAGAAAGAAAGACAAAGAGUUUUGUUGAGUUCAGUUUGUCAUCACAUUCAUUCACAAUAUAAAGAUAAAACAGAGUCAUCUGGCUUUCUACAUUCAAAGGUCACAUCCUGUCAUGGUCAACUGUACCUUUCUUCCUUUCCAGAACCUAUAAAAUAAAGAAUCAAUAAAAUAACAGAGCCAUUUUAAUUGACUCUCUCUCACACCUGC